AUGCUCUACCUGCAUACUGUACUGCACGUGAUUUCGGCAUCAGCCGCAAUCGCUGCGUUGACAGCGAUUGCUUCCACUGUUUCCAUGUUCUACGAUAUCACCAAUUUCCAGGAUGAAAUUCGCAUGGAUUUACAGCAGUUUAAGACCUCAACCUAUGGAUUCGACUUUAAGGAGAUGGCCGAUGAUGCAUGGAGCCAGAUGAUGACGAACAAGGGCGAACGAUCUGUCUACGAAAAUGUUAUCACUAGGGCUAAAAGGCAGGCCAGCGGUGACCAAUGCCAGUGCGCUCCAAUAGCAACCAACUGUCCUCCUGGACCCCCUGGUCCACCUGGAUUAAAUGGAGAAGAUGGUGAACCGGGCACACCUGGCCAAGACGGCAAUGUUGGUCAAGUUGGACUCUCUGCGACGUCAGAUAUAACCAAGGAAUGCAUAAAAUGCCCGGCUGGGCCCCCUGGACCUCCUGGACCUGACGGUUCGGCUGGACCCGCUGGACCACCAGGUAAUCCAGGUAGUGACGGAAAUGGUGGAGGCGCUGGUGAACCAGGACCACCUGGUCCUCCCGGAGCUCCAGGUGCUGACGGUCAUCCUGGAACACCUGGAUCAGAUGGACAAGAUGGAGCACCUGGUCAGAGACAAAUUAAUCCUCCAGGACCUGCAGGAGGACCUGGACCAGCUGGACCACCAGGACCUAAUGGACAGGACGGUUCAAGUGAUGGAGGCGGUGCCCCAGGACCUGCUGGUCCUCCUGGACCACCAGGCAGAGAUGGAGGAAACGGUGAACCCGGUGCUCCUGGAGCGGCAGGAGCUAAUGGAGCCCCAGGUGCCGAUGCUGCCUACUGUCCCUGUCCUCAUCGUACGUCAAGUCUCGCUUAA